UAUUGUCCACAGCCCAAUCCACCCUCCAGCAACCGAGUUCAGAUCCUAACCUGCCAAGCUCCGGCCUCUACGCUGAUACGACCGUUGACAAACACUGGCCGCGCGCUGCUGUGCGUACUACAGCAACCAGAUAGAGCCAACGGACCCCUCCAGUAACCCCCAAAAAAUUAUAUCCGUCGCCCAUCCCAUCCACCCCCCAGGCUCGCAACUGCGUCCGACUGCCACGCUGGCUGAUUUGCCCCUACGCCUGUCUCGAUUGCGGCCCCUUCUUCAGUCCUUUCUCCUGUCUUCUUCCUGCUAUUGUACCCUUUGCUUCUCCCCUUCAACGAACCAGGACCUCGGGAGUGGUCCGGCGACUGACAUGACAUGGAGGGCACGUCGACCCCUCUGGCCGACUACUUCUGGAUCGCGGGUGUAGAGUCAAUUACCUACGACGAUGCCCCGCCAGGCCACGCCUCGCGCGACUACAAUGUAGAGUCGACCAUUGCUGAGGAUGGCGAGCCGGAGGAACCUGCCGACGCAAACAGCUCGUCCAGUCGGUUUUCCGCGAGACACUCCCGCCAAAGCUCCGGCCACCGUUUCUCGAAGUUGUCCCUGAGCGACAAUCGGUUCUCGAUAAGCACGAUCGAAGAUUUGGACGGCGGGAACACUGCUAGCAAUAGAAGUAGCGCUACCAUCCGCCCCGUCAACAACACCAACAACAACACCAACGGCCUCGCCGUCCCCGAAAAUGGCGGGCAGAACAGAGGGAGUGGGGGCACAACCCUCGAGGGGUUCGACUUCGACAGCGCGCUGCUCAAGUUCGCCGCCGAGAGGGAAGAUUUCCUGGAGGACCUCAGCUUCAGCGCUGGUGCCAAGGUUCAGACCAGGCAGCCCAUGACAAACCCGCGGACGGAGCGCAUCAAAGCAGACGACGCCGAACCCAGCGGCCGACGCAGCCCUCUCAGGAGUCUCCGAGGCAGCAUACGACGGCGCAUCAGCUUCCGCGACAUGAGCAGUUCGCGAAAACAGCCUAGUCCUGCUGGCAACAGGACGAGCCGAGCCCGUGGGUCUCCCUUUGUUCCUCUAUGCUUCCCCCCAAACGACUACCACUGACACUUUGCAGCUUCGGUUCGAACGACGAGACGAUUGAGUAACUACAACUC